AUGAACGGAGGAGCCAUCAUGAGCAUCGGAGUCAUAGGGAGCCACACUUCCUCCUUCUUGAUGGACGAGUGCCAACAUUCCAAGGAUACCCUGAGUCGCCUUGGAAUGGCCAUUGGAAUCGUGUUCCUUUUGGCACUCUUCCCAAGUGCCGUCGCCUUCACGUUGGCUUCCCCCUCCUUCGAAACCGCGGCUCCCUUGGGGAACCUAUUCCCAGGGGCUUCGCUCAUGGCCAUGAGGGCACUGGUUGGCGUGGGUGGCAUCCUAGGCCUAUGGGCUACAGUCCUGAGUAGUCUGUUCGGGGCCUCUAGGCUUCUACACCGGCUCUCUUGCGACGGUUUAGCUCCUCGCUGGCUUAGAGUGAUCUCCCCCCACACAGCAACCCCCUGGGUGUCGAUCCUAAUCUGCGGCGUCCUUUCGGGCACCACAGCCGCCAUCUGUUCUUCCUGGCUACUCCUGAGGACCCUGGGCACAGGGAGUUUGGGCGCGGGCGUGGCUGGGGCGACGGCGGUGCUCUCGCGCCGAUACCGCCCCCUGCCCGUUCGUCACUCGGCGGAGACGACCCACACCAACCCGGCUCCUUCCGUCACUUCUACUACUAGAAGCGACAGCCCCAAAGAGAUGACGGACCUGACCUCGUCCCACCAGAGGCCUUACCAGGCCUUCGACGAGACCCAGCCCCGACAGCUGUCCGUCGAGUGGGAAUCCGGGAACUGGGUGACGGCCGUGGUCGAGCCGCCGCAGCUCCCGUCAUGGAAUUCCUGGACGACCUCGAGGUUCCUGGUCGUCACCUUCAUCAUCAACUGCCUGGCCGGCGUGGGCGUUAUACGAGGCGCCAAGGAGCUCCAGAUCGGCAACUGGGUGUGGGCGGGAGUGGCGCUGUGUGCUUGUGGGUGUCUAGUGUGCAGCUUCGGCCUGUGGCUGCAGCCGAAGAACCCUCUUCCAGAGCCGAGCCAGAGGGACUUGGUGCCGGCGUUGCCCCUGGUGGCCAUAUUCACAAACAUCUUGCUGAUGCUGAACCUCCCGGUGCCUGCUCUCCUGUUCAGCUGCGUGGUGUGGGCGUUGGGAUGCCUCGUGUGGGUGGUUCAGGGGAGGACUGGGAGCCUGGAGGCCGUGUUGUCAAGGGCGCUCCUGACUCAGAAUGAUCGAGAAGUGACUCCUGAGAUGCUCUGA